AUGGACACUCUGAAGUUGCUGGUAGAAAGCAAUCCAUGUGCUGUCAAUGCCCAAGACAACGAUGGAGAAACGCCUCUGCAUUAUGCGGCACAUAGCUAUGGCCGAUUAACAAGCACCUAUAAAGGCGCCUUUCAGUAUUUGCUUGAAAACGGCGUGGACGCAAGCAUUCAAAACCACGAGGGGAGGACACCAUUUCAGUUCUUAUGUGACCGAUACGACGACGGCAUACCGCUUGACGCAGCCACUAUGAGCUUGCUCUAUACAGAAAGAGAGGAUCUAUCUCACGGUGAUGCAAAUGGCAACACAAGUUUGCACAAAAUGGCCUCGCAGUGGGAUCGCGUCGAGGCUGUAAAGUUUCUCUUGGACCGAGCGGCUGAUGUAGGCAUUAAGAACCUAAAGGGAAAUACAGCGUUACAUGAAGCAGCAAUUGGGCGUUUUAUUCCAGGCUAUGUACCUCCAGAGAAACUAAGGAGUGAAUUCGACGGCAUGAUGAAGGUUCUGCUAGAAGCAGGUGGUGACGGGGCCGUAAACGUAAAGAACACUGCCGGCAGGAUGGCAAGGGAAACAUUUGAGGAUCUUUGGAUUAAAAAAGAACAUAUACCAUACGUGACAGAGAAGAUCCGUAUUCUCGUGGUGGAUUUGGGGGCAGAGGUAGACAGAAAAGCCCGAUUUAUCCUUUAGCCACAUCUGUUCACAGAGGCAGAUGACAACAUAAUAGUUCACCAUAUACCUGUACAUAGCUCCUAAUAUACCUGCAUAUAGCUCUCAAUAUACCUGUAUAUAGCUCCCAAACCCAGAAUAUCGUACUUAACGGUCGUUGACAUUUCAUCUCAUCCAAUACUGCAAGCUGAUGUUAAAUUUUGAAUACAGAGUCCCGAUAACUUGUAGGAUGUCGACGCCGUAAGCCAGAUCCGAAUAGAUUUCGAAUUUUCUAAAAUAGAUCGUUUUGAGCAUUAAUGAGAAAAAUCAGAACUGCCGGUGACCAAUGCCGUUUAUAAGAUUCUUGAGCUCAAGUCAUCUUGGCUUCGCAGUGUAUAGCAUCAC